GUCAACGAGCGGCAACACCCACAUUUAUACCGGAUUUUAAACACCCACCGGGUUUUUAGCUGCGAGUGCUUCGGAUGUCCAAAUACAAACUCUUUCUUCUGAGGCAUGGCGAGGGGGCCUGGAACAAGGAAAACCGGUUCUGCAGCUGGGUGGACCAAAAGCUGAGCCCAGAUGGGGUGAAGGAGGCCCAGGACUGCGGCCGGCUCCUGAAGGAGCAGGGAUACAGGUUUGACAUUGUGUUCACCUCCAUACUCAGCCGCUCUAUCCAGACAGCGUGGCUGGUGCUGGAGGCUAUGGGUCAGGAGUGGGUCCCUGUUGUCAAGUCUUGGAGACUUAAUGAACGCCACUACGGAGCCCUGAUUGGACUCAACCGGGCAGAGAUGGCUCUACAACACGGGGAGGAAAAGGUGAAGCUGUGGAGAAGGAGCUUUGACAUCACUCCACCCCCGAUUGAUGAAUCCCACCCGUACUAUCAGGAAAUCUACAACGACCGCAGGUAUACCACUUGUGACGUGCCGAAGGAGAACCUUCCCCGAGCAGAGAGUCUGAAGGAGGUUCUGGAAAGGCUGCUGCCUUACUGGAACAGCAUCGUGGUCCCAGAGAUACAGAAAGGGAAGACCGUGCUCAUUUCUGCUCAUGGGAACAGCUGCAGGGCCCUGCUGAAACAUCUGGAAGGUGUGUCAGAUGAGGAUAUAGCCAACGUGACUCUACCCACAGGGAUCCCCGUGCUGCUUGAACUGGACGAAAACCUCCAGUCUGUGAACCCUCGGAAGCUGCUGGGCGAUCAGGCUAAGAUUCAGGCAGCCAUUAAAAAGGUGGAGGACCAGGGAAAAGCUAAAACUUCGACUUGAAUCUGUCGGAUUCAACACAGCACUGUUCUGGUUGACUUGAAUAACUCGUUAGAGCGUGGUAGGCUGCUCUAUGUUUAAACGAUUGGACUAGAUGUUACAGUUACUGUGUGUGGAGCUGACCCGGGUACUGAGGUCCAACUGGUUCUGUGAGACCAGGAAUAAGUU